ACGAAACAGAACCCAGCGAAAGGUCCCGCUAGCAGGCAUGACAGGUCAUUUACUGCAGCUGGUUUGCACAAGAUGCGGUUCCUCCUUUUCUCUGAGCGGCUGGCUCUGGAGUUUGGCUCUUAGCUGGCAAACCUUAACGACAGACUGAGCUUUGUCAGGGAUGAUCGGCUACCUGGCUUGGUUUCGCUCUUAGGGGGAUGCUAGAAGGAGCCCGGAAUGCCUUAUGUGGAUCGUCAGAACCGAAUCUGUGGGUUUCUAGAUGUUGAGGACCGCGAGGUGUGUGGCAAGUUCCUCCGGAGAUAUUUCAUCCUGGAUACCCAGGCCAACAGCCUUCUGUGGUACAUGGACAAUCCCCAGAAUUUGGCUGUAGGAGCAAAACCUGUUGGAUCUUUGCAGCUGACCUACAUUUCUAAGGUCAGUGUGGCUACCCCAAAACAAAAGCCGAAGACACCUUUCUGUUUUGUUAUUAAUGCGUUGUCCCGGCGCUAUGUCUUGCAAGCCAAUGACCAAAGGGAUCUUCAGGACUGGGUGGAGGCCCUCAACCGAGCCAGCAAGAUCACGGUGCCGAAGGGUGGAAGUUUGCCCUUAACGACAGAGGUGGGGAAACAUCCCUACAGGACCGAGAUCAUCGGUGGGGUGGUGGUGCAGACCCCCAUCUCAGUCAACCAGAAUGGAGGGGACAACUCUGAAGGCAGUGAGGUCGCUGGCCACCCCCUUUUGAGAAGGUCCCAGAGUUACAUCCCCAGUACUAAAACACCCACCGGACCACCAGUCCUCAAGAGCGGCUACUGCGUAAAGCAGGGAAACGUGAGAAAGAGUUGGAAACGCCGGUACUUCACCCUGGAUGACUUUUCCAUCAGUUACUUCAAAUGUGAACAGGAUAAGGAGCCCUUGCGAACUAUCCUUCUGAAAGAUGUGUUGAAGACUCACGAAUGUCUAGUCAAAUCUGGUGACCUUCUAAUGCGGGACAAUCUCUUUGAAAUCACCACAACCUACAGGACUUUCUACAUCCAGGGAGAGUCAGGGUGUUUUCAAGCCAGCAGCUUCUCCUGUUGCUACCAGAUAGCAAGUGUCAGGCACUUACUGUGGUUUUUAUACCCCCUUUGCAGUUUUCUCUUGUGGGUGGGGAAAAAGAUGGAGGAAGCAGAAGGAAAACAUGGAAGAAUUCCAAAUGGAAAAGGAGAAAUUGGUUGGUUUCAUGCUUUCAGGGUGGAAUGAUCAAAUUUGCACCUUUCUAAAAAAAAAAAAAA